AUGGGCUUCAAAAUUUUGGACGAUCCCACUUCAGUCGAGGACGAGAUUGGGGAAGCCACCGUCCCUGUCGUUGUCCACUAUUGCUUUCCUGGGAUGGGUGAGUCUUCGCUCGUGAUGCCUUUAUUGGAAGCAUUGGCGGAGGAGAAGGUGGACACUGUUCAAUUCGUGAUUUCCGAAACCGGCGAAGUUCCUCCUGGAUACGCACCAAGUGAUAUUCCCUUGACAAUACUUUACGAAAUGGGCAAUGUGGUCUAUAGCACAACGGGCGACGAUGACCCGGCGCUCGAAGAGCUGGCUGAGAGGUUAAGGCCACUUUAA